AUGAUUUUAGAAUACAGAGGCCCUAUCCAAGAUGGUUGCAUGCACGGUAGAGGUGAGGCUAUGUAUAGUAAUGGAGAGACGUACGUGGGCGAUUGGUACAAGGGAAAGAGGCACGGUCAGGGCAGGUACACGAAUGCAGACGGAAGUUACUAUGAGGGAUCCUGGGAAGACGAUGUUAUCCACGGUAAGGGAACCUUCGUUUUCAGCAACGGAAAUGUGUACCAAGGUGACUGGAACCACGGCGAGACCCAUGGCAUGGGUAUCAUAACGUACGCGUGCGGAGACGCCUACGAAGGCCAGUGGGAGAACGGGAAGAUGUGCGGACACGGAAAGUUUGUGUACCGCGAGGGCGAUAUCUACGAGGGCGAGUUUCUCGACGACGAGCGGCAUGGAGUGGGAUCGAUGACCUACGUUGAUCCCCAGAACACGUCUAGGGUCAUAGAGAAGUACGAGGGCCAAUGGGUUAGAGGAGUGAUGCAUGGACAGGGGAUUUUGCGCCUUCAAGACGGCUCUGUCUACGAAGGAACGUUCGAGAAUGACACCAUGGGUGGGACUGACCCCAUGGACCAGACACGGGGCAAGCAUGGCGUGUUGGUGUACUCUGGAGAGGACCCCAUCUACAUGAAGUACACAGGAGAAUUCAAGGACGACAAGAGGCAUGGCGAGGGCGUCCUUGAGUACAAGAAUGGACAGGUGUACAAGGGGCGUUUCUACCAAGAUUUGUUUGAUGGUACUGGAGAGAUGCAGUAUGCGAACGGAGAUGUGUAUAGUGGAGAGUGGGUCCGGGGACUCAAGGAGGGCACGGGGACUAUGCUAUACAGGACAGGUGACACCUACAGUGGCACAUGGUUCAACGAUCUUCCCCACGGAAAGGGCGAGUUCCAGUACAACCAUAAGACCGGCAGAUGCAGGUAUGUCGGCGAGUGGCGUGAAGGUCUCAGACACGGUCCGGGGACCUUUGCCGAUGCACAUGGAAAUUCCUACACGGGGGACUGGGCCAAAGGAAAGAAGCACGGCAACGGGACCCUUGAGCUCAAUGGGCACGUGCUUGUGGGGAUUUGGGAAAACGGAGAGCCGAAGCAGAUCAUGAAGUACACCAUUAACAGGGACUCCCCAUGGGCCGAUCCUAACUUUUGA